AUUUCCCAUAGAAUCUAUACCUUCUCCACAAACUCUCUCUCCUAUAAAUACAUCUCCAAACCAACAACUACAUGCACAAACACAUUUGUAUUCUUUCAUCUUACACACAUAUCAUAGAAUUAUGGCUUCUAGGAGGAUUCUGAAAGAGCUCAAGGACCUCCAAAGAGACCCUCCAGCCUCAUGUAGUGCUGGACCGGUGGCUCAAGAUAUGUUCCAUUGGCAAGCGACCAUCAUUGGACCAAAUGAUAGUCCCUACUCUGGUGGUGUGUUCCAAGUAACCAUCCACUUCCCUCCUGAUUACCCUUUUAAGCCACCAAAGGUUGCUUUUAGGACCAAAGUGUUCCAUCCAAACAUUAACAACAAUGGUAACAUCUGUCUUGAUAUUCUCAAGGAUCAAUGGAGUCCUGCACUCACCAUAUCCAAGGUUUUGUUGUCAAUAUGUUCACUGCUGACAGAUCCGAACCCAGAUGACCCGUUGGUCCCGGAAAUCGCACAUAUGUACAAGAUAGACAAGGUCAAGUACGAAGCCAUGGCUCGAAGUUGGACUCAAAAUUUGAUGAGCAUCACAAAAUGGAAAGAAGUUAAAAAUAAUUACAAAAGAGGAAUAUGA